GAUCACAGAGGCAGCCUGCUUGGAAGAGAAGGGAAGCGAGCAAGGCACUCAUCGAGCGCUGGGCUCAAGGGCUGUUGGGAUCCAUCCAUUCUGUGGCAGAGGAUUCCCUUACUGCUGUACUGGGACAGGAAAGAAUAUUAUGGUGCUUUGGAACGGAAUAUAAACUGGGCUCAUCCCCUGGAGAUGCUCAGUUUUGGGCAGGGGGACCACGCUGUCACGUCGCAUCACUGGUGGAGCAAGCAUACACACAUUCUCAAGGAACUGUACACGAACACAAGAGACCAUGGUCAGAGCUGUUGGGAGGACACAUUGAAUGCAUCAGGGGUGCAGUUUCCUGAAUGGAAGAGAGAUCCGGCAAGGUCUACAGAGCUUGGAACUAGUCUCAUCACACCUUUCUCUGGGAUCUGCUACUCCAAGAUAAGUCAAAGGGGCAAUACUUCCAAACCAGCGAACAGAAACACAGGACAUAUUAACAACGGAAUCAAUCUGUUCAUGGGAAGAGGAUCCCUGUCUGUUACAUCCCCUCCCUGGAGCUGUAAGGUAACGCUCUGGUUCUUUCUGGCAUUGCUGCUGAUCUUGUCAGCAAUGAUAACCGGAUCGCCCACCCCAGGUAUUUAUAUGGAAGGUCAGACCAGCCUUGAAACAAAGUAUGACAUCUUGGUGACGGACAGUCCUGAUGAUAUAGAGCCAACACAGGAGGAGAAAACAGAUCUGGACAUCAGGACCACACCGAGUCCUCAUUAUGAGAACACAACUUUUGCAAGACUUAUUGAUGAUGAGCUAGCAGACCGUCUACCGCGUUCUGUUCGUGCUACAGUGGGGUCUGCAAAGCAUCGAAGGAAUAAGAAGAAGUCCUCGAACGGUGGUGGUGAAGAUAAAAGUGGCAAAGGCUGCAGUCUGAAGAGUCUGACGAUCAAAGUUGAAGACCUGGGUUUGGGCUACAAAUCAGAUGACUAUAUUACAUUUCACUACUGCAGUGGGACCUGCCAAAACAAACGUACUAAUUAUGAUCUUACCCUCGCACACCUGAUUAAAGGAAACCACCUCAGCCGUGGACGGGUUAGCAGCCACCCAUGUUGUCGUCCUACGAGUUAUGAACCUGUUAACUUCUUGAACGAAAACAUCAAAUGGCAAGAAGUACCGGCAAUAUCUGCUGCUGGCUGCGAGUGUGUUGGUUGAUUUUGUUGCCCAUGCCAGAGCAUCAGAAUUAAAUAAAACAAAACACAUGUGCAUCUAGCUUAUGGCUACAAGGUCAGAGUAAGCAGCACACAGACUGAGGGCUCCAGGAGUCUGCUGUCAGCUGGGAGAUGUGGCAGGCGGUGAGAGGUUUGAAGUGGCUCCACUGGAAGACGUAGACAGGGAACGUGAAUGGAAGCAAUGGAUUGGACGAUAGAAUUUACAGAGCUUUACUGCAACCAUGAAAAUGCAUGAACUGAGUCAACCUGAAUGUGAGAUUAUGUAGAACGUGUACUUUUUGGGCCAAGGUGGAGGAAUGUCUAUUGUUUACUGCUGGAGGUGCGACAUUACUUUUAACCAUCCUGUGGAUUAUUGACACUUUUCACAGAGGUCACAAAAGAAUCAUGAGUUGUGAAAUCAUGAUUUAUAGAUAAAAAUGAACAUAUAAUAUUUUUUUUUAUAUUUAAUGCCCGUAAAUCCACGAGGAGAUGUUCACCAGAUAAACAUUGUUACAUGAUAACAUGGGAUUCACUGUCGGAGCGCUCUAUCUAAACGUAUCAUGAUGCCCAUUGAUUGUAUGAGAAGUUUACUUAACAUGCUUCUGGGAUGGUAGGUACCAGAUAAAAAUGACUACCAUUAUAUCAAUCCGUGUCCAUGGAUUGUAUGCUAAUCCUGCUGUGUUAUCCUGCUGCAGUUCUGUAACUCCAGCGUGGCAUCACCAAAAGUUAUAUUUUCAAUGGAUCUUCUGGGGAGACUUUUUUAAAGAUAUUCAGUGGGUCUAGGAACAUUUUCAUGACUUUAUAUCAGAAAUAAUUUAUAUUUUAAUGGCAAUUGAGAAGAAACGAGCAGCAUAAAUGGAAUAAAUCCAGAAACAGGCGCCAGAACCUGUUCCUACUAGAUCCGUGUCCUCAACUGAAACCCGAAUGAGACCAUGGCUAGUAUGGGCUAUAAAGUAACCUCUCCUCUUGGCAAUAAGGAUCUUCCAAUUUCUUUCCCUGCAUCCCUUGAAACGCAGGUCUCUUUAUUAACCCUCUCAGUCACUGAGGGCUUGAUUUAAUAAGUGUUCCAAAAGAUGAAAUACUAUUAGAAAGGUUUCCAAGUGAUUUAUUUGCAGAGGUCACCACUAAAGUCUAUAGGAAUUGUUUAAAAUAAAUCACUUGUAUUGAAUCAUUUGGGAAACUUAUGGAAUCGAUGCCUGUGUCCUUUAAGAGGAAUAGGCUCAAAUUAGUGAAGUUGUUAUGGUGCCUGGAAGUAACUGACAACAGCUUUCCUUCAGAGGAUAAACCAUUAAUGAAUAAUUUAUCCAAAAUGUCUUCUAUAUGGCUCUGUUCAAGUCUGCCCUCUCCAAAUGGACUUGAGUCUAAAUAUUGGAGCAGGAAGCCUUGGACUGGGCGCCACUGAAAGGCCGAUGAGUCAGUUAUCAGCGGCUCCAGGUCCAAAGCUUCCGAUUAAAACCUCGGACUGCGGCAGAUGGAGAUGGGCAGAGAAUUCGGGCAACGGAUUCAGCAAACAUUUUGUUAAUGGUUUAACUCCUAAAGGCAAGCCAGUGCCAGGGACCUACUGGCACCGAAUAAUCUAACUCCGGUAAAGUUGUUAUGGUGCAAAGAGCAUUUAUUUAAAAAGUGUACUGACCACUAGUGGUGGAUGCUUCCUUCAAACAUUUCACCUAGGCCGUGCGAUAGAUGAAGAUGGUCACUUUACCUCAUAUAGACAAACUGGGUAAUGUCAGAAAAAUAUUAAACUAUACAUAAACCAACUGUCACUGGGUUACAACAUCUAUCCAGGCCUUCCUCAAGGAUGCCAGCUGGUUCUACAUUAGGUUAUUUCCCAUGCUACUAAAAGGUUAACAAAGAGAAGUAUUUGGAUAAGUUUCUAUAGAUAGUAACAGUAUUGUUUAUUGUGUAUUUACGAGGAAUUUGCCAUUUUAAUAUGUUUAUAGGACGGGUUUCAGUGGUACUCAGAUUACAAAAUUCCAGGAGCUGCAAUGCUAAUUUAUACAUUGUUUUGUUACACUCCAGGCAGUCUUUAAUUUUAGUUUUAAAUGUGAAUCUCUUGUGAAAUGGGAUUCUGU